UUUUAACCAAGUGGCUCAGUGCGGCUAUUUAUUGUCGCAUCUCGACAGUCGUCGCGCGAAUUUAAUACCCCGAGCUCGCGAGUUCGGAUAAUAUCUUAAUAUCGCGCUAAUGAAAUUGUGUACUUCGUGAGCGUUGUGCGUGUACAUUCUCGACAUUCCUGAUCGUGCAACGACAAUUACGAUGUGGAGCGUUACGUGGAACUCUCUGAGCAUCGGCAUUAUUUAUCGGCCGAAUGUUAUUGAAGAUGUUACCAGCAAUGUGCGCUCGGACUUGUCGAAAAGUAAAUAUUACUUUAGCCAGGUUGUCCUCGGCUACGUGCUGCAGGAGUUCUUUUCGCUCUUAUUUUGAUCAGGAUGGGUAUGUAAGAUUGUUAGAAGAUGAUUAGAAAAUUAUAUCACUCAUUUUAGCAGCAUCAUAGGAGUUAAUACCUGGCGCAAAGUGCGAGCUCCUUUAGAUAACUUCUGCGUUGGUAUAAUAACACACCGCAGACAGUGUGUACACAAAAACGUGGCUGCGCACAGAAUACCCGCGGUUUCAUCGACAAAAACCUCGAGGUCUUUGAACUGACGAAACGCAAAAGUGAAAGAUUGCGCACACGCGUUUUCCUGCGCCGAUACAUCAGGCCGAUCUCGAAGCGUGAUAUCGCGUUGGUUGCUGUACUUCUUCGAUAGCUUUUGUGCUGACCCACCAAAAAUUUCAUUUUCUAAAAAUAGCCGAUGGGAAGACGAGCGUCGAAACGAUCUUUGGUUUUGCGCGCGCUUUCACCUUGAAUUUUUGAAGCUUUGCUGUACCGUUUAGUGUAUAUUUUGAUAAACAAACCAGACGCGAUAACGUUCAUCGAUUUUUGGGAGAUAAGAGAACUUUAGUAGGUCAGUGAUGUUGUAUAUUUGGUUAAGCAGCGCCGUGCUGAUGUACCAAAGUUUGUGUUUGAAAAGACGUAAAUUGCCAGUGCUAGUGCUUUUUUGUUGUGGCAAGCUCGCAUCACGUGUGUGAACAAUUACUCAACUUCUAAUUUUGUUCACAAACUUUUACAAUCUGAUAAGCUAUCGUACUCGAUUCUAUUAAAGGAAGCCUCGUGCUCGGCGGCGUUCUUACACGCUAUAAACAAUCGUAAAAUUUUUUUUUUUUUUUGUGUACCUACGUAUGAUAAAGCAUGCAUAACUUUUCGAAUGCAUUAGCGCCACUUGAUUCGCUACCUGGAGUUCAAAAACUGAAAUCUUACUUUGGAAUCUCCACAGUUCCUAAAUUUUCUCAAAAUUACGCAAAGCUACUCAUCUCGGCUGACGCAUCGACGAACUGAAAGUUAUAAUAAUAUUUUUGUCAUCCCAGCAGAGAACUUUCCCGGACUUCCCAAAAAUUUCACAAUGAAACAGUCAUCCCAUACCUGUCCAAAAAACCAGUGAUUCUCCUUCGCUAAAAAGCGUAACAAUUAGCGAUAAAAGCUUGCAGAUGCCGUAGUUGGACCUUCGCCUUGACUCAGCGCGCGGUCCUAAUUUCAUUCGCGCCACAUUUCACACCUCGUCUAUACGGAUUGCGCGUGAUAUAAGAACGCGCCUUGUACAUAUGCACCGAUAUGCCUUGCGAUCUCGCGAUCUCGAUGUGCGACCUUCGCGUCAAUUCACCGGCGACGAUUCGUUGAGUCGGAAGUGUUGUGCGGUCGAGUGUUGUUUUGAAUCGCGAGUUUAGUAUACGUAAUUCUUGCGGGUAAGAGGCUUCGCGUGAGCGCACACACGAGUACACUGUAUAUUCAAGGAGCUUGCGGAUAAUUCAAGUGCGUCGUUAACGAGGCGUUUCCUGAAGAAUUGAGCGACGAUUUUCUUCUUAUACGGCGAUCGUUGAGUUGAUUGACUAAGCUCUUCAAAGUAAUUGGAGUUUCAAUAAUUUGAAGACCCAUAACUUUCUCCAUAUAAACGAGGGCGGAGGCAGCUUCUGAAGUUACACAGAAGCCGCGGACUGGGCGUCUCCCUUUGUAAUCGAUGGGUUGAGAAAACGAGGGAGCGUUUUUUUAUUUUUCUUUAAAACCAUUUGGGUUGGUAACCUAUACCGAUGAGCCAUGCUGAAGGUAGUGGGCGCCUCGUGGCUGCAGACACGCAUCUCCACCUACAUACUCGUUGCCGUUGCUCUUCUGGGCAUCGGCGCUGUCAUCUUGGGCGAGUUUGGACGCGUUGAGAACGAUGGUACCUACUCAGCGACCGUCUGGUGGAAGCGCAUAUCCGGAUAUCGCAUUGACUUUUGGGGCCAGGGCAAUGAUUUGAAGUCGUUGCCCUUGGGCGCGGCGCGCGCCUACUACAAGACCGGCAUUCUCGAGACUGGCUGGUCAACAUUGGAAAUCGAGACGUCGCCAGACUAUCCGGACGACGUGCAGGCCUACGCGGCUGGACUACUGGAGGGCAGUCUGACCUGGCAACUGAUACAUCAUCACUGGUACAACACCGUGAGGGCGGCGUGCGCGCCAAGGGCGUCGCUGUGUCGCAAGAUGCGGCGAUACCUGCGCGAAAACGCGGCGAACGCGCGCGAGAACGCGGCCCUUCUCAGAUACGAAGAUCCCUACUGGCAUAUGGUGCACUUAUACUAUGUCCAAUUAGACGGAUUGGCGGAAGGAUGGAGGUUCGCAGUACAGCGAAGCCGACAGGACGUGAAUAUCGACCCGGAGGACUUCCUCUGGCUGGCCAUGGCCUCGGACCUACCGGACCUCGAGCGGGCAAACAACGGCUCGGACCAUCACAUCGCCUCGGACGGCAUGAUCGUGCUCAAGGCUAUCGAGAGAGAACACUUUGAGCCGCUCAUGGCUCUUGCACACAACACCGCUGCACCAUACUCCAGAAUGCUGAGACUGAUGAAGAGGUACAAGUUUUCGUAUCGCGUUUCGCCGGAUAUCGAUUCCGAGCCAGUGCCAGGACAUUCCAUCGUCAUGACCUCGUAUCCCGGUGCCCUAUCAUCGCAGGACGAAAGUUACAUGGUCGUGGGUGAGAACAGAGAGCUCAUUGUUGCGGGAACACCUCUCAUUAUCGACAACCAUAGCCUGUGGAGCCGUUUACAGACCAAAGAUCGGGUCAUGUCAGCAGGUCGUAUAAUGGCAGCAAACCGUCUAGCAACUAGCGGCCUGAGCUGGUCUCGUCUACUGGAUCGCCAAAACAGCGGCACCUCAAAUCGCCAGUGGAUCAGCAUAGAACCUCGCACCGGUGUGGUAAGCCUGAUCGAGCAGAUUCCUGGCUUCACUCAACAUGUCGACCACACCAACGAGUUCCGCAGCAAAGGGUAUCUUGGUUGCACUGGAGCACCCUACAGCUCAACCAUCCGCGAACUCCUGGGCGGCGAAAGGGAUGAGUCAGUAGCCAGAGCCGAACAGCUGGCUCUCCUCCAAGCCAACAUCACUAGCGUCGAGGGAUUGAAAGCUUUAAUGCGAGGCGAGAUCAGAGCAUUGAGCGAUAACAACAAGGACGAGGAUAGCGAUGAACCACUAGAAUCUGAGAACACUGAGCAGAGUCCUUCAAACCCCACCAUCACUAAGAGCAACGACGACAAUACCUCCUCAUCUCCAUUAUUGUCAGCCUUAACAUCAACAAUGUCGUCGUCAUCGCUGUCGUCCUCAUCGUCCUCAUCGUCAACUGAGCAGCUUCUGGCCUACCGAGGUGAUUUAGCCUCGGUACCACGCCCACUCGGCGUCAUCGACUCAAAGCUCUUUUUGUUCGAUCUCGACGGUCUUGAAACGUUCGAAGCUCGUGCAGGUCCAGCACGACGCAUAGAAGCUCCAGCUUUCGAUUGGACUCACAGCUUUACCAACAGCUCGCACCUUGGCCAGCCAGAGAUCUUUUCUUUCGACAGUCUUGCUCCAGCUUGGGUCUGGGUAUAAUAUCGUCCGUAUCGAUUUUUAACUAAAUUGUUUCCCUUUCUGAACGAAAGUAGGACGAUAAACUGAUGGUUAUUGAAUUCUUCAUUCCAUAUUUUAGCAUAUUAGCUGGAGAAGUAGUUGAAUUGAAAAAAAUAAUUGAAAUUAUUAAAAAAUACAUGUGCAUUGAUGAACCAUUAAGAUUGUCGAUGUAGUCUGUCAGUAAUUAUCGUCGUAUCUUUCGCCAGGAACAAAUAAAAGAUCCUAGCGCGUGCUAAUGAAAAAUUUUAAAUAUGUACAUUCUUUACAUAUGGAAAACUUUUAAUUGUACAUAAAAUAUUUUGAAUUGAACAAACACAUGAGAUGAAUUGAAUGUUUAAGUAGAUUCAUUGAACGUUGCGGCAUCAAAAACCGUCCACAGUGUUCACACUUUUAAUUCUGCGGAAUUUUGUCAGUGCGUGGUCGUCAAUUUUUAUUUUUUGAAUUUCUCAUUCCACAAUUACGACGCUUUGUAAGACGACUUGAGCUUUUUUAAAUAUCGGGGAAGUUGCAUUAUUUUUUCUCUAUGUAGCAUUUAAAAUCAAAUUCUUAUAAAAAGUACAAAAUUUUGAUUACAUAUAUGUAUUAUGCGAGCAAAUCCUGCGAACCAUUAGGUGACUAUAGGAUUAUUAUAUAUGUUCAUACGAAAAAUAAUGAAAUCUUUUUUCUUAUAUUUUAGAUAUUUAAAUCACUGCAACUUUCCUAGUAACUUUCCAAGGCAAUCUCGCAUUUCGGAUCUGACGCGCCGAGUCAAAAAGUCACGAGUGCGCUCCUUAUUAUAUUUUGAAAAGACAUACUGCGUUUUAUCUGUCUUUCAUAUUUCAUAUAUUGUUUAUAAUUUCGUCAAUUUCAUUAAUUUCUUAAUGCUUUUGUAUCGUCACAAAAAUUGUAACUUUAUCGCAAAAUAUUUUAAAUUGAAAGACAACAUUUUAUUUUUAGAUUAUUUUAUUUCUUAUUAUAAUCGACGAUCUUAGGCGAACGCUAGAAAUAUGACAUGAUUUUUUUAAUCAAGUAUUUACGCUGUAUUUCAAUUUUUACUUAGCUGGCUCACGUGUUAGCCACCCAAUGGUGAACUUUUAUAAAUAAAAAAUAAAAACAA